GAGAAUAGAGUCCCCCUCUCGCGGCAUUCCCGGCCCGGCAGCGCCUUAAGGGCGCGGGGCCGCCCCCGGCGGGGAUGGAGGCGAAGGAGCUGCAGGAGCGGCUGCGGGAGGCGGCGGCGCUGGGGGACGCCGAGGAGGUGCGGCGGCUGCUGGCGCUCGGCGUCAGCCCCAACGCGCAGAACGAAGUCAACGGGUGGACGUGCCUGCACUGGGCCUGCAAGCGGAACCACGCGCCCGUGGUGGCCCAGCUGCUGCUCGGCGGCGCGGAUGCGGAGAUCCUCACCAGGAAGGGGGAGCGGCCGGCCCAGCUGACGUCCCGCAGGGAGAUCCGCAGGAUGCUGGGAGUGGAAGAGGAUGAACUCCCAGACGUAACAACCGGUUCGGAGCUGCCCAUCAUCCCUAACUACCUGGCAAACCCACCUUUCCCAUACAUUUAUAACUCCACGAGCAGCAGCGUCCCAGAGCCCCCUGCCAACGGCAGCGUGUCCCGCAGGGAAUGGCAGGGCUCUGCCUCCUCUCCGCUGCCCGCUGCAGAGCCGUGUGCACGGGCACUGGCUCCCAGCGUGAGUGAUGGAGCGCUGCCGCCUGUGCCCGGGGGCUGUGCCGGAGCGCAGUGCUCCAGGGCCGCAGCUCAGAGCGCACUGUUCCAGGCAUCCUGGGGCAGGGCUCCUCCUUCUCCUGCCGGACCACAGCAGCCUGGAGCUCCGCCGGGGAGCGGCUCCUGCGCGGGGCCCGUGCCGACCUUCCAGCCCGUGUUCUUCACAGGAGCUUUUCCACUUAACAUGCAAGAACUGGUGCUUAAAGUUAGAAUACAAAACCCUAGUCUUAAAGAAAAUGACUUCAUUGAAAUUGAGCUGGACAGACAAGAGCUGACCUAUAAGGAACUGCUCCGAGUGAGUUGCCGUGAGCUGGGUGUUAACCCUGGACAUGUACAGAAGAUCAGAAAAUUACCAAAUACCAUGCUAAGAAAGGACAAAGAUGUGGCAAGGCUGCAGGAUUUCCAAGAACUGGAACUUGUUCUGACAGUAAGCGACAAAAACUUCCCUUUCAGAGUCCCAGCACUUUCCGAACAGAGUGGUUAUAACAAGAAGGCUUCAGAACUGACCUAUUAACUGUUUAAAGAAUAAAACAAACUAUUUGUAUCUCUCAUUUUAAAAUUACGUUUGACAUACAGUAUCUACAAGGGCUAAUGAUGUGAAAAAAUAAUCUAUUUUGUUAACUUUGAAAUAAACUAAAGAUGUUAUGCACUAAAGAUGUUAGCCUCUAGUCAAUCUAAAAGUACUCAGUCUGAUGUGAAAGCAGCUCAUGCACGGGAAGUAUUGGCAAGAAGUCCCUGUCAGCGCUCCUUACAAAUCGUCACCCUGAGACAGGGCAGCGGUGGCAGCUCUCAGGGGAUCUCAUGUUAAAAAACCUUCCACGAAACCCAUCUACUGUCUGUACCGAGUGUUACCACUGCCGCUCACUUUCUAGAUCGUGUAUUUGUAGUCAGAUCUUAUUUAGAAGGAAAAAUCCAGAAGGGUUUUAAAUCCGUGGAAGAAGCACAAAAAUACAUUGUUUCAGUACUGUUAGGUAACUUACCACCUGUGAUUUCUUAAUACCUCUUUACACCCUUCCCUAUUUCUCAGGUCAAAAACAAAGUGACAGUAAUCAUCCAAAUCAUAAAUACGCUCCUCACUAAAAUCACAGACCCAUUUUAUUGCUGUGUGUCAGGGUACGGCAUUGAUGUGUGUGAUUCAAAGUACUGUUCUUGUUACGUAUUGAAAACACGUUCGUCCAGUGCUGCUUUACUUUCCCCUUUAUAAGCACAAGAACUGUCAUUUUAUUGUCCUUUUUUGCCUACAUUCCCGAGAAAGGCCUCAUCUGGAAGCUUUACACUUGCCUAUGUAAGAAGAAAUGAGUGAAACGCCCAGCACUUUCUGAGCUAACACUGAAGUCAUGGUGUUCCUAUGCAAUGGGGCUUUCUUCCCCAGCAAAUUGUUCUCACCUAUGUCGCUUACUGGAAGAAAAAACAAAACCAAAAAACCACUUUCCUGUUCCAUGAAGUUCAGAAUUAGAUUGCUUUGAUACUACGAUCUGGAAUAAAUAAAAUGAGACGUAUUUAAGACAACAGCGAGCUGGAUUUUAUCUCACUAUUUUGGAGGUUAAUGUUUACUUGGUUAUCUGCUUCUGAGGUAGAGUUCUAUUCUGGUAGCGCAACUGCGAAAAUACGUACUGUGACUUGGACGAAAGAAGUGAAGUACCAGUGUAACAAGCAAACAGAACGUACCUGACUGGACCGCGAUUCCCACUGGUGCUUCGUUUCCCGUCCCCAUUUUCUUUGGAAACUGCAGCAACCAAAGGACUUCAUCUUCUGCUCUCCCCAGAAAUCACGGCCCGCGUUAGCUGUGCAUUGCAUGCAGACCUGCGAAAUGGGGCUGACAGCAGCAGCACGCUGAGAAGGGAACCACCCAAACCAGCGGGAGGAACUGAGGUGCAAACUGCAUCUAAAACUCCCUCAGCGCUCUCCUCGUGUGGGAUGCCUUCCUCUGGCUGCAGUCAGGCGUCACCGCCGCCUCCCCUCUGUGAGAUGGGGACACGAGGAGACGUCCUUCACGUCCUUCCCAUCCUUCACGUCCUUCCCGACCUUCCUGGCUGUGAGCGUUCCCAGCUAUGUCAGGGGGCGGGAGAGGCCGGGCGCCGCUGCCGGCCCUGCACAAAGAUGGGUUUAGGCCUCAGCUCUCCAAGUGGCGGCUCAGCCCAUCAGGGUACAGAGCUGGUACAGGUCCUGGAGCAAAGCCCGGCUGCUGGAUGGCGCCUUCCUCCUCACGCCGAGGGUCCUGUGUGGGUGCACGGAGAUAACUAUGCAUUCAGAAGAAUAUUUUUAUACAGUGUACAGUUUAUACGUAGAAGAUAUCAUUAGCACUCCUAACUUAAUCUGGUAAGUGCACAACCGUGACAUUACGUGUAUGAUAAAUAAUUUGUUACUUUGUGCAUUGCUGUGUGAAAUGUUAAUUUCAAAUGAACACUUGGCUGCAGAUUCUUGUUUUGAGAACUAUCGUUUGUAACGAUCAAUAAACAAUUAUUUUUGUCUUCUCAAA